AUGGCAUCAGGACCUGUAGGAGGAGGAAUUGCAAGAUCUCGUUCGGUAUGGCGUUUCUUAUCCAUUGAUCCAGAAAUUUAUCCUCUACUCGGGGUAUUAGCAACCACCUUUGGUAUAGCUGGAUAUAUGAUGGGUCGUAAAGCAGCCAACACAAAUGAAGAGAAAAAUGUGAAAUUGGCUAAACACGAACCAUUUCCUUGGCAUGCUGGUACUAGUGGAGGAAGUAAUGAUGGAGGACAGGAUUAUAAAUAUAAAUUUCAUAAAUAUGGAGAUCUUAAUCAAGAUCCUAUUAAAGCUCCAAGUGCCGACACUUCACAUAUCGUACAAGUAAAAUUGCCUAAAGACGACGCUCAAAAAGUCGAAGAAAAAUUAAAUAGUUCAUGA